CCGACCGCGACCGAGGACUGUUGUAUAUGUAUAUUGUGCAUAACUAAAUACAUAAACAUGGUGAAAGUUGAAAUUAAAUACACUAAGUUGUUUAUCAACAAUGAAUGGGUCGAUGCUGUCAGCAAGAAGACGUUUCCUACCAUCAACCCUCAAGAUGAGUCCGUUAUCACUAAGGUCGCCGAAGGAGACAAGGCUGACAUAGACAUCGCUGUAGCCGCUGCCGUAAAAGCAUUUCACCGAUACUCGGAAUGGAGGAAGCUUGAUGCUUCACAACGAGGCAGACUUCUACUUAAGUUAGCAGAUCUCAUAGAAAGAGACGUUCAGUACUUGGGACAACUAGAAACUUUAGACAAUGGUAAGCCAGUGGCACAAGCUACUGGCGAAGCUAGUUGGUGUGCUCAAAUUCUUAGAUAUUAUGCCGGAAAGGCUGACAAAAUUUUGGGUAACACUAUACCUGCAGAUGGCGAAGUACUAUCUAUGACUUUAAAGGAACCUGUUGGUGUUUGCGGUCAAAUUCUACCAUGGAACUACCCAAUCCCUAUGUUCAUCUGGAAAAUCGCACCAGCCUUGGCAGCUGGAUGCACUCUUGUCAUCAAGCCCGCUGAACAAACUCCACUCACAGCGCUUGCUCUAGCUGCAUUGGUGAAGGAGGCUGGUUUCCCACCUGGUGUGGUGAACGUCAUCCCCGGAUACGGACCCACCGCUGGUGCGGCCCUCACUAACCACCCCCAAGUAGACAAGAUGGCUUUCACAGGAUCCACAGAGGUUGGACGUAUUAUCAUGAGAAAUGCUCCUUCAGUAAAUUUGAAACGCGUCACAUUGGAGCUGGGAGGAAAGAGUCCUCUGGUUAUUUUCAACGAUGCUGAUGUGGAGAAAGCAGCACAACUUGCUCAUCGUGCUGCUUUCGCUAAUGCUGGUCAGUGCUGUGUUGCUGCAACUAGAACCUAUGUCCAGUCUGGUAUCUACGACGCUUUCGUUGCUAAGGCAGCGGAAAUCGCUAAAAAACGUACUGUCGGCAAUCCCUACACAGACGUUCAACAGGGACCUCAGAUUGACGACGAAAUGUUCACAAAAGUCAUGGGUUACAUCAAAGCAGGCAAAGAGCAAGGUGCCCGUUGCGUCGCUGGUGGCGACCGAAUUGGAAAAGUUGGGUACUUCAUUCAACCUACCGUAUUUGCUGACGUCAAAGACGAUAUGAAAAUUGCCAGAGAAGAGAUUUUCGGUCCGGUCCAGAGCAUCUUCAAGUUUGAAACAUUCGACGAAGUAGUCGACCGUGCUAACGACUCAAACUACGGUCUUGGAGCCGGUGUCGUCACUAACGAUAUCACCACCGCCUUGUCAUUUGUCAAACAUGUCCGCGCAGGAACUGUUUGGGUGAACACAUACGAGCAUGUCACAGCCCAAACACCAUUCGGCGGAUUCAGGGAGUCUGGCAUUGGCCGUGAAAUGGGCGAAGAAGGUAUUCUACAAUAUUUGGAAAACAAAACUGUCACUAUUGACCUACCAAAGCAACCUAAAUUUUAAAUAUAUCCAGUGACUAUGACGACAGUUCUUACAAAAAAGUAUAAAUUAUAAGCCUAUACUUGUUA